UUUGAGGAGUAUCUCCCUUGCAAGGAAACGUUUGCUGAGGAAUUGAUCAAUAUUGAAUCAGUUAUUGCAUUACCUAAUAUAUCUUGUUGAGAUUUCAUUUUCUUUUAUAUCUUUCUCCUUCCAUCCACAAUAUUGUCCGGAGCUUCAGUUCGUUAAUUUGAAUUUGUCCAUCAGCACUUGCAGCCUUCAGUACAAGGCUCGAUCUGUUAAUUCUUCAGGCGCUAGCUGAUAAUCAGUUCUGCACUUAGCAGUAUAGAUAUGCAGUCGAUCUGAUAGUUAAUCAAAUUUCUUAUUUGCGAAGAAAGCAUGUCUAGUCCUCUUCGGUUCCCUCCAUUCCUGCUCUUCUUCGUUCUCGCAACUCUCUUCCGUCCCUCUCAGGCCGAUGUUGGCACCGCUGCCCACUACAGCCCACCUUAUCUGCCUACGUCCUGCUUUGGUAGCGAUCCGUCGCAGUUUCCUUCAAGCAACCUGUUUGGGUCAGCCGGAGAAGGAAUAUGGGACAACGGAGCAGCCUGUGGCAGGCAGUAUCUGGUGAGAUGCAUAAGCGCCGCUGUCCCGAAAACUUGCAUUCCGGGGCAGCAGACGAUUCAGAUCAAGAUUGUGGAUCGCGCGCUUUCUUCUAAGUCUAGGCCUUCGAGGAAUGAUGCUACCAUGGUGCUUUCCACAACUGCAUUUGCCGCCAUCGCCAACUCUUCUGCUUCAUUUGUUAACGUUGAAUUUCAACAGGUUUGAAUCAGUGGCAGAUCCAGGAUCCAAUUGUUGUCUAGGUAUAAUUAGAAGUGCACAAUUUUUUUUUUU